AUGUCAUCUUCAACGCCAGAAUCAAGUUCAUCAGAAGGAAGUCGUCAUCGUCGUCAUAAGAAGAAGAAGUCUUCGAUGAAAAAGAAGGACAAGAAGAUAAGGAAACUCAAAAAGGAACUGGAAAAAGCACGGCGUCAUCGUUCGCGUCACAGUUCGACAUCGAACAGCACAGAUUCUCAAUCAUCCUAUGCACGCUCGCGAGAGCGUAGGGCUGCGAGUUCACGGAGAGGAACUCCAGACUCUUCGACAAUGCGAGAUCGUGAUCGACGAACAUCGGGCCGAGAGUCCACUUAUGCCAGAGAAUUGAGUUAUGAGCGUUAUCUGCGAGAAACGCCUUACUCAAAUCCAAGAGCACGCAGAGGGGAUGAGCGCAGCACCAGAGGCUCGCCGUCCCUCUCCAGUAGCCGUAGCAGAUCCAGAAGUCCGCUAGGUAAGCGCCAAUCAAACGAAAUCGACAGUGAAAAAAAUCCAGACACGAGAGGAAAAAACUCUGAAUCGAACGAAAAAAAUCCGGAAUCAACAGGAAAAAAUUCAGAGUUGACAGAGCAAGCUUCUAUUGCAGCUACUAGGAGAUGGCGCUAG